UUUCUUUUGAAAAAACAAACCAAAACACUAUUUGAUACCAUAUAUAGUAUAAUAUAUAGAUAUAUAAGUUGUAUAUAAUAUUCUGUAUUCUUAAUGGACUUCUUAGGGGCGUUCAAGUUAUACGACGUGGACAAUGACGGAUAUAUAACGAGGGAAGAGAUGUAUAAUAUAGUGGACGCUAUCUAUCAAAUGCUGGGAAACCAGGCGAAGAUCGCUGAGGACGACGAGGAGAACCCGAAGGAGAGAGUCGACAGAAUAUUUGAACAGUUGGAUAAAAAUCAGGACAACAAACUAACUCUGGAGGAGUUCAAAGAGGGCUCCAAACAGGACCCGAAGAUAGUGCAGGCAUUGUCUCUCUACGCGCCGUAGAGUUGUUGUUGUUAUGGACGCACGGAAUCAACACAUGUAUUGCCAUCGAAAGGGAACUAUAGAUCAAUAAAUAUAUCCAACGCUUUACUACUAUAUCAUCAGAGAAGACA